AACGCAAUUAUCGAUCCACUCUCUCUCUCUCGCAGAAGGAAGACAAAAACUCGAACACCAAAUACUCCAACUCCUUCGGUUCCUUCUCCCUCGAUUUCGAUUCCGCCCUCUUGAACUCAUAAGAUCUAAUCGUUCCUCUUUGUUUCUGGAAUGGCGGUCGCCUCUUCCCCUCGCGAGGAGUUUGUUUACCUUGCUAAGCUUGCCGAGCAGGCCGAGCGCUACGAGGAGAUGGUCGAGUUUAUGGAAAAGGUCUCCGCCGCCGUAGACAACGAGGAGCUUACCGUCGAGGAGCGGAACCUUCUCUCUGUUGCUUACAAGAAUGUUAUUGGAGCGCGUAGAGCUUCCUGGAGGAUUAUUUCCUCCAUUGAGCAGAAGGAGGAGAGCCGAGGGAACGAUGAUCAUGUCUCGAUCAUCCGAGAUUACAGAUCCAAGAUCGAGACUGAGCUGUCUAACAUCUGCGAUGGGAUCCUUAAUCUUCUUGACUCGCGCCUUAUUCCCUCCGCUGCGUCCGGAGACUCCAAGGUGUUUUAUCUCAAAAUGAAGGGCGAUUAUCAUAGAUACCUGGCUGAAUUCAAGACCGGAGCCAAGCGGAAGGAAGCUGCCGAAAGUACACUCACUGCUUAUAAAUCUGCUCAGGAUAUUGCAAAUACUGAACUUUCUCCUACUCACCCCAUACGACUUGGGCUGGCUUUGAACUUCUCAGUGUUCUACUAUGAGAUUCUGAAUUCCCCUGAUCGGGCUUGCAGCCUUGCUAAACAGGCUUUCGAUGAGGCAAUUGCUGAGUUGGAUACUCUGGGCGAGGAAUCAUACAAAGAUAGCACUUUGAUCAUGCAACUUCUUCGUGACAACCUCACCCUAUGGACUUCGGACAUGCAGGAUGAUGGAGAUGACAUCAAAGAAGCAGCUCCCAAACGCGAUGACGAAUAGUAAUGAGCAAAUCGAUUUGCACGUGCAGGAUUCAACUUCUCCUUAACAUGUUUUAUUCUGGAGAAGUGCUUGUUUGGAACUUUGGCUUUUCCAUUGUUAUCUAGGUAUUUCUUAGCCUUAUAAUCAUCACCACACUCUGGAAAAAACGUGCUCGUUUGUCUUUCCCCCGACCCCUCGUUUCUUUUUCUUCUAUUGACCAAUCAAUUCCAUGUCUCUGAAUUGGCUUUUUUAAUCCAAUAUAAAUGCUACAUGUUAUUAAGCAUCAUGUAAUUGAUCUACCUUUCUUCGAUACGGAUCUUCCUCAAGUAAUUAUAUGAACUUUCCCUA